AUGGGUGGCAAGGCCAAGUUCAAAAAGCAUACGGCGGCAGAACUCGAGAGGCGCCAAAAGCAAGUCAACAAGGGCGGAGGCAAAACCGGUGCCUCCACACGCGGUGUCGCCAAGCUUAACUUCACGUGCGACAUCUGCAUGGUAUGCGGUGGCAAUAUUGACAGGAACAUAAGCUCGUACAACAUGAGCGCAUCGCCCGACAUUAAGUCGUACGAGCAGCACUACACCAGCAAGCACCCUAAGGCGACGUUCAACCGCGAUGCCAUGAUCCAGAAGGCUGAGGCGCUGCGCGAGUCGCAGCAGGACCACACUGCUAACGGCUCACAUCACAAAAAGAAAUAAGGCAUGGCUGCAGCUCUCGUGGAUGGCGGUGAACGGCGACGUCGGCUUGGUGCUGUGGCUUUAGUCGAGCCUUCGUACUCGUCAUUUUCUUCUCGACUUGAGCCUCCGUAUGCCUCUCGCUAUUGCACGGGCAGUCGGUGCUGCCGAGUGAGCGAGCAGAUGGGGCUUCUCUCCGUCGAGACAAAACGGACAUCGCGGUCCGUCAUGCCGCAACCACGUCAAAAUCCCAACAAAAACCCAAUCCCUUGUAUUUAGCUGUAAAAUUUAGCAUCCCAGCGGCGCUCGUUGCAAACAAUAGUUACGUAUAGAGCGCG